UCGCCGGGAUGGAGAGAGGGAGUGAGAGAGGGACUGAGAAAGAGAGAUAGGAACAAGAGAGAGAGAUACAAAGUGGGAGAGAGGGAUAGAGAAAUAGAAAGGGAGAGAGGGAUAAACAGCAAGGGAGGAUACAAAUAGAGCGAGAUAGAAAGAGGAUGAGGGAGAGAAAGCGACUGAGAGAGAGAGAGAUACAGGGAGAGUGAAAGAUGUAAAUAGAUAAAUAGAGAGAGGGAGAGGGAGAGAGAUGAGCACAAAUAGAGCGAGAAAAAGAGAGGCAUAAAUAGAAAGAGAAAUUGAAAGAAGAUAGAGCGAUGGAGAGAGAUAAAUAGAGCGAGAUAGAAAGAGGGAGAGAGAGAGAGAAAACGAAGGGAGAGACAUAAAUAGUUUGAGAAAAAUAGAGAGGGGGAGACGUAGAGAGAGGGAGUGAAGAUAAACGCAAAUAGAGUGAGAAAAAAGAGAGUUGAGUUGGAAUCGGAUGGGCCGUGGAGCCCGGAUGUUUGUUCCUGGAUAAGAGGAGACAUCGGGAACGCUGAGGCCGUCAGGGCGAGGCUCCCCUCGGAGGGGAGGGGGAGCGCGAGCGCGAGGGCGUCCCCGGAGCCACGAGAGCGUGCGCUCGCUAUCAGCGCGUUCCCCUGUGCGAGGAGCGAUCGCGCGGCCCGCGUCCCGCAGGAGCAGGCACCAGAUAAACGCCAUCGCUCAGUACCGACGGCGCUACUCGAACCUCCUGGUGAUUGUCGCAACUGGAAUGGCCAUGGCUGUGCUCAUCCCGUGCCUGAUCUACCUCCUGUUUGAGACCAGCCAGUUGGCUCAGACGUACAGCAUGCUGCAGGCCAACUUCACCCGACUGGGCCAUGUUUACAAUGAGCUGAAGGAUAACAUGAACACAGUGAAACACAGCUACGACAGCUCGAACCACACCCUCACUGCUGUCUACAAGAUCUUAAACGCUCUCGUUGACCGCGGAUACAGGGCAUGUCCCAGAACCUGGAUAAAAUUCCAACGGAUUUGCUACCACAUUUCGAGGAAGCUGGAGACAUGGCAGGAGGCCAACACCAGCUGCGCCUCGCAAAAUGCCACAUUAGUCAUGGUUAACAGCGAAGCUCAGCAGGAGUUUCUGGCCAGUUUCGAUAAAGGGAAUCGUUGGAUCGGACUGAACAAUCUGCAAAACAUCCAGUCUUUCCGCUGGGUGAACGGGGAGCCGUUGGUGACUGGGUACUGGUCCUCGAAUGAGCCGGAUAAAUCCAAGGCUAAACGAUGUGUGCGGAAGACGGUUGAUGGAACUUGGAAAUCCGAUCAGUGCGACAAUCGCUACUCCUAUAUCUGUCAGAUCCGCUCCAUCAACUACAUCAUUCAGCUGUUAAAUCUUCCAUUUCCCAUCGAGUCGCAACUGUGAGGGGGUGGGUGCAGAGACGGGGCGGGAUGGGGGGUGUUCGGGAGAGAGGAGAGACUCCUCUCCAUAGCGGGGUCGCUCCCCAGCCACACCACCACAUCUCCAGCACUUCCGGCUUUCCCCACCUCUCCCAUCCUUCCAAACCCCAGGAGAAUAUCAACUCAAUUUACCCACAGGACGGUUCCCCCCACCACCCCGUCACCACCUACCUGAACCUGUCCCCACCUUCCAGCCCCCGCGGGGCAGCCCUUUGCUGGCCUUUACCUCCUCCCCGCCACCGCCGGCGAAUAUGUACGUGUCCUUCCCUGAGAUCCAGAAGUGGAAAACGCAGCGAACAUGCCGGGAAUCCGGAGAAGAAGCGAGAGUGCUGGCUUAGGGCUGGAGACUGUACCAUACGUUCGUAUAUCAGGUUGUCGGGUUUGAUAUCUCCGCAAGUGGACUCGGGCAGGAUCGGAGAUCCCGGUUUUUGGGAGAGAGCUCCAGGCGUGGUUUCGUGGAUCAGCGCAUUCCACAGGCUCCGUGCCCCGGAUUUGGACUCAUGUUCCCUUCCCCCUGCCUGCCCAGUCCUGUGAUGGCCUGGCCUGGGUUUCAGAUUCGAGUUGACUUCUUCAGACUGUUCGGCAUCCCACCUUUUGUCAAUAAAAUGGUUCAUACAAA